GCAUGUAAUACAAUGUUUUUAUGAGAGAUAUGUUUUAAACUUUUUAGUACAAAAAACUCGUCAGAAGUGACUUACAAUAAUCGGAGAUUCUCUUUAUAUUGAUUUGCUUUUAUGAUUACUUUUUAAAACAUCUGUAGCCUUUUGUGGAUACGCUUUUACUUCUAAAUAUAUGAAAGUGCUGUCAGUGUUUAUGAAGUAAUGCUGCUAUCAUGGCUGCAAAUGCUCCAACAUCAGCUGACGCAUGUUUGAGCAUUGUGCAUAGCUUGAUGUGCCACAGACAAGGUGGAGAACCCGAAGGUUUCUCAAAAAGAGCAAUAGAAAGUUUAGUUAAAAAACUAAAGGAAAAAAGGGACGAACUUGAUAGUCUUAUUACAGCCAUAACUACUAAUGGAGCACAUCCCAGUAGAUGUGUUACGAUACAAAGGACAUUAGAUGGCAGAUUACAGGUUGCUGGAAGGAAAGGUUUUCCCCAUGUCAUUUAUGCUAAAAUCUGGCGAUGGCCUGACUUGCAUAAAAAUGAACUCAAACAUGUAAAAUAUUGCAAAUUUGCCUUUGACUUAAAAUGUGACAGUGUUUGUGUUAACCCUUACCAUUAUGAACGUGUUGUUUCACCUGCAAUAGAUUUGUCUGGAUUGACAUUGCAAACUCCAGGUGAGAACCAAAUGGUGAAAAAUGAGUAUGGGGAAUUGGAAUGUGGGCCAAGCACAAUACAAACCAUUCAGCACACUCCACAGACUGUGCAGCAUCAUCCUGCCCAGCCACAGACAGAUGCCUUUGGGAGACCAUUAUUACCUUCAGCAGAUGUUUUAGUUGCAGCUCCCACAAUUUCCAGCAUUUCCCACCAGACUCAGUCGGUCACUUCACCGUUGACGGUGUGUACGCAGCAGCUGCAAUCUGUUGGCCCUCCGCCCUCCGUUUCUUCAACUUCUCUUUCUACUCCACCUUCUACCCCAUCUGUGGCUGCAUUGUCCACUCCAUCACCAGGGUUCUUCUCACCCUCGCAAGAAUCCCAAAAUUUAAGAUGCUUGCAGGAAGAUAGGCUCCUCUUUGUAAGGAAAGAGGCAGUGAAGGUAAACAAGUUGGAAAAUAACCUACUGAAAGUAUCGUCUGUUCAACAGUAUAUGCCACAAGUUAAUGGGAGUUCAUCGUUGGAUACCCUUUCGCCGCAUCUGACGCCAAAUUCAAUUAACGGACUUGGAUCUUCUCCUCCACAGUCGGCUGUUCCUUCGAGCUUUUCCUCAAAUAGCAGUUCUUCAAAUACUUGGACUGGUGCAAAUACAUUGUCUUAUACUCAGUCAAUGGUUCCACCUAGUGAUAAUUCAAUAUUAAUGAGAUCACAAAGCACUAGUUUCUGGCAACAACAGUUACACAGUGAUAUAAUACAAGGUGCUCUUUCAUCUCAACCUGCUCCAGAGUAUUGGUGCUCUAUCGCUUACUUUGAACUUGAUCAGCAAGUUGGUGAAACUUUCAAAGUUUCCUCUACUUUCAGCAGUGUAAUAGUUGACGGUUAUGUAGAUCCUUCUGGUGGAAACCGUUUUUGCUUGGGUGCUCUAUCCAAUGUACAUAGGACAGAACAGAGUGAGAGACCAAGGUUGCAUAUUGGCAAAGGAGUUCAACUGGAUCUUCGAGGCGAAGGAGAUGUUUGGUUGAGGUGUUUAAGUGAUCACAGUGUUUUUGUGCAAAGUUAUUAUCUAGACAGAGAAGCUGGCAGAGCUCCUGGGGAUGCAGUACAUAAGAUUUAUCCAAGUGCCUAUAUCAAGGUCUUUGAUCUUCGUCAGUGCCAUCGGCAAAUGCAGCAGCAAGCAGCAACUGCUCAAGCAGCAGCUGCUGCUCAGGCUGCUGCAGUGGCAGGCCAUAUACCUGGGCCUAACUCUGUUGGAGGAAUUGCACCUGCAAUUAGUAAGUGUUUGUCUGCUGCUGCUGGUAUUGGAGUUGAUGACCUGAGGCGGCUUUGUAUUUUACGGCUGAGCUUCGUGAAGGGAUGGGGGCCGGACUAUCCCCGACAGAGCAUAAAGGAGACCCCUUGCUGGAUAGAAGUACACUUGCACAGAGCCCUGCAGCUGUUAGAUGAAGUUUUACAUACGAUGCCCAUCCAUGAUCCACGCCCUCAUGAUUAAUUCUUAGACAGAAUACUGCCAAGUUAUGAAUAACAACGAGUUUGUGAUUUUGGUUUUAAAACAAUGUUUUCAAAAUAAUUGCUUGCUUUUGUUUUUAACAAGCUACAGACCGAAGGAGGAACGUUUUAAUAAGAACAAAUUGAUCGAAUGAAUGCUUCAAUUCAAAUAUUGGAAAGACCAACAAAUGUUUUCAUCAAUGCUCAUACAUCAUGUUGUACAUGUUUCAGUAUGUUCUAUGUAUGUCAAUUCUUUAUUCAUUUUUUUUUCUCCUCAGUAAACAUAUUGUUCAUGAGAAAUUUCCCCAAGAACCUCAAUCGUAAGAAUAAAUUGUUAAAAUUCCCUGUUUUUUAAAGGUUUUUUUUUUUUUUUUUUUUGAGUUGAAUUUCCAGUUUAACUCAAAGUUGACAACAAAAAGUUGAAAUUUCCAAAAUAGCUUGAAAAUUGUCCAAUUUAGUUAAUAUUUGUAUGCAUACAUCAUGUAAAUUUGCCUUC